AUGUCUUCCAAUAGAUUGUUGAACGUAUCAUCAUCGGCAUCCUUGUUAUCUACGUUAGCUACUCGUCAGAGGUUCAAUAUCAUCCUCGGAAAGAGAACAGUAUUUUCUUCACCUCUUCUGUCUAACAGAAAUGAAAUGUGCAAGGCUCAUCAUCAUCAUCAUCUCGGAGAUACGGACAGAAGUUAUCAUACAAGCUCCGUGAUGAUGAUGACCAAACGAACGCACUCCAAAGGCUCUGAUAGUCAAGGAGGUGGUCGAGAAACCACGAGUCGUUCCAAAAAUCCGUUCCAAGUACAAGCUGAGAAGGAAGAAGAAGAAGCUUUCUUUACUCCCAAUUUCAAUACAACAUCAACAAAAUCAUCAUCGGAACAAGAACAACCACAAUCCAUUGACUCUACUCUUUCUGAAAAUGCUGAAUCUUAUACCAAGAUUUUGAAAAAGUUCUUCUUAAAAGUUCACCCUGAUUUCUUUCAUCAAGAUGCUGUUAAACAACAACAAAAUAAGGAGUCCUUUUCAAAGUUGAAUGAAUUGUUGAAUUGGUCGAAUGAAUAUUUGAAAUUGAGAUUGGAUGACAAGAAUAUUUCGGAGGACGAAAAGGCAGAAAUGGAACAACGAUUGCAUCGAUUAGGAAAUAUUCCAAGUGUUGGAGAUAGUUUUGUGUUUUAUGUAAGAGAACAAUCGAGAAAGGUGGAACCUUAUAGAAUUGAGGUGGUGUUUGCAUUGUCUUCAAAACUUCAAUUUAACGGAAAACUGAAAAGCAGAUUAAUGCUCACUCAACGAUUGGAGGAGUUGGUGACAUCUCUAUUGGAAAAAUCCAAAAUCAUCACGGAAUCAGAAGCUCGUUACAGAAGAGAAGCUGCUUUAGAACAAUUUAAGCAAAUGGAAGAAGACUCGACACAAACAGGAAAAAGAAGCUACAGAUCUCUCAAAGACGAGCUACGAAUGGCACUACAAAACAAUUUACAAGGUGCAGUCAAUUUAGAAAAAUUACGGAGAGGAGAAGAGGAUGACACUGAAGCAUGGUGGUGGGAUAUGGAUGUUCCUACCAUUGAACAUUUAAUUACACACGGAAUGAUAUUUUUCUCAAAGCACUUGUCUCCUGAACAAACAAUCAAAGCCAUGACAACUUUAAAAGAAGGACUUGCCGAGAUGCGGUACUUUGAAUGGAGCGAUAUUCCAUUAAUGAUAACUGAAAGGACUGAGAAAUAUGCUGUAAAUGAUCCUGUUGAUGGAUUUAUUUGCAUUCCGUACAAUUUCAACACGUAUGAUUUCACCAAACAAAUUUUAGAUAACCAAAAGAAUAUGAAAUUACUCAUUGAAAAACGUGAGCUCACAAGAAAAAAGGCCGAAACUAUUCAAAAUAUUAGAGAAAAAUUGAUUGAGGAAGUAGGAUUAUCAGAUCUCGCAAUUUCUCCAACUCUAACCUCAGAUCAAUUGUAUACCUUUAUUGAAAAUUUUGAAAAAAGAUAUCUAACGAAUGAAAAGCUAAAAUUGGUUCUCAAAGAUUUAUGCCUCAUUGUGGACAGCAAAUAUACUGCCAGUCCUGAUGGAUUUAUUUCUAUUCAUUGGAACUUUUUAGAAAAUGGACGAGAUAAUUUUAUUGAAUUCUUGAGAGAUUUGGGAGCUCAGAAACUCAAAAGUAUUAAGGACAUGGGUAAAGCUCUUGUUGCUAUUCGAAAAUCAAUUGCAACGCUUGGAGAAGAGAUUAUUGGCAAGUUAAAAUGCAAAGAAUUUAACCUUAACAAGUACAGCGAUUUUGAAGGAGCCAUUCUUGAGAAGCAUCAAUUAUUACCACUCACCAAUGAAUUUUUAAAGAAGCUACGAGAAUGUUGCUUGUUUUUAGAAAGAUUUGAUUGGUCCACAUAUUCCUUCUUCAUGGUGAAUACACUCUCGGCACCAAAGGAUUUAAAACUUCCAUUCAAACACAUUCCAAAUGUUCAAACUCAAACAGAUAUUGAUAAUCUAAUGAGAAGAUUAACAAUAUAUGGUGACACUGUGAUUGACAUGGGUGACCGAGUGGUUUACAUUCCAAUUAAUUUCAAUGAAAAUCAACUCUUUAAAUGUGUACAAGCACAUUGGAAGGAAGUCAACAAAACAGAUCCAUCCUCGAAAGAACAUCUUGCUUCAGAGAGUGCACUCGACUUUUCAGACGUGGUCGAUCCACAAGGUUUCCAAAAUUAUAGAAAUUUGGCAAACAUGCUUGUUGAAAAAACAGAAUUAGUAUUAUCCAAAAAACGAGCAGAGAGAUACAAGAUAUUAGCAGAAUAUUUGAAUCAUCUUGAAGAUGCUCAAUUGUAUGGAAAGAGCAAACAAGUACUUGAAAUUAUGUUAGACGAUCCAGAAGAUCAAAGAUUUGUUGAACUCUAUCAAACUUGGUUCAGAAUUAAGGACGUACCUCUCGAAGAUUUUGAAACAAGUUCAUAA